AUGCUGUCUUUGUCCUCAUAUGAGUCUUUGAGAUGGCUGAUCCUUGCUAUAUCUGGAUACAUUGUUUACACCUUCCUUUACCCUUUCUUGUUCUCGCCUAUGAGACACCUUCCAGGGCCGUGGUACGCCCGGGUCAGCAAGCUCUGGAUUAUAUACAAGACUGUACAAGGCGUUCGAGCUAGAUCGAUCCAUGACUUGCACCGGAAGUUUGGCCAAUGGGUCGUCAUUGGGCCAGACGAGGUCUCAACCUCCGAUCAGGAUGCCAUUGUUCCCAUCUAUGGGGCCACGUCAAAGUUCUGUAAGACGACUUUUUACACCUAUCAACUAAGGGGCAUUCCCGAGCUGUUCACGAUGAGCUCUCAGAAGCAGCAUGCAGAUCGUCGAAGACUCUUAGCCCACCUAUUUUCCAUGUCCACCAUGAAGGACUACGAACCUGUCAUAUCAGACAACGUCAAACUAUGUAUGUCACAAAUUGCUGAACAAGGCUGCCCGGGUCAAGCAAGCAAUCUCUACGACUGGUUCCACUAUCUCUCAAUGGACAUCAUUUGUGAACUGUGCUUUGGUCGGACAUUCAACAUGCUUCGUGAAGGCAUGAAUAGUACGUAUAUCCAGGAUAUGUAUCAAAGCCUCGAGAUCGAGCCUGUCCGAUAUCAUUUUGGAUUCCUCAAUCGAUACGCAGGCUGGGCUCCUUUGAAAUGGGUGAGGGAGUCUGAGGCCGCGAGCGUCAGAUCUUUUGCGAAGGGAAUUCGUAUGGUGCAAGAAUACAAGCAGAACCCUGAGAAGAAGCGAGCGAAAGACUUGCUCCGCAAGAUGCUAGACGCCAGAGACGAGGCUGGCAAUGCUUUGCCCGAGGACGAGUUGAAUGUCGAGGCCGUUGGUCUGAUCUUGGCAGGCUCGCACACCACCUCAUCCUCGUUGACAUGGAUUGUCUGGCGUCUCCUGCGACACCCGGAUAUCUUGAGUCGGCUCGUAAAAGAGCUCGACGACGCUCUUCUCCAAUGUCCGCGUGUUGCCGUCCCUCCCCACCAUUACCUCGAACAUCUAACGUACUUUAAUGCUGUUAUCAAGGAGGGCCUACGGAUCGAUACGGCCGUACCAGGCUCGACCCCACGGUACGUUCCACAUGGAGGAGCCGACAUCUCUGGACAUUACCUGCCUGGAGGAGCCACCGUCAGUAUCCAGGCGUACAGCACACAUCGCGAUUCAGAUGUCUUUCCCGACCCUGACAUCUUCGAUCCGGACCGAUGGGUGUCAGAGACUCCCGAGAUGAGGAGGAUGUAUAUCCCAUUCGGUGCGGACGGCCCAAGGAAGUGUAUAGGCAUACAUCUCGCUUACGUUGAGUUGAGAGUGAUAUUGGCGAGUCUUCUGCACCGCUUCGAGCUUUCCCUGAUUGAACAGGAGGAUACCGACAAGGCAAUGGACAUGCAUGAGCUUUGGCUUGCCGCUCCCGAGGGACAAAGGUUACUUGUUUUUGCGAAGGAAAGACCGCCCAAGGUCUGA